AUGGCCGCCGAGCGCAAGCUGGUCCCCAGCGAUUUGAACACACUGUCAAUGCGAGAGAAGCCGCCGUUAGUGAACAAGACCCCUAUAGGAAAAGCAGAGCUCGCCCCAACCGACCCACCCCGCGACCAGCCUAACCCCGACCAGGCAGACAAUGUGGAUUGGAGAGCGGACCUGCUAUCAUACCUCCUCAGGGAAGUCCUCCCUGAUGACCAGAAUGCAGCUCGCCAAAUUGCAAGGCGUGCAAAAACAUUCGCCGUAAUUGAUAGCAAACUUUACAAGUGCAGUCCAUCAAAAACGGGUGUUCUCAUGAAGUGCAUCUCCAUUGCCCAGGGCAGGGAGCUCCUUCUUGAGAUACACUCGGGGAUUUGCAGACACCAUGCAGCACCACGAUCCUUGGUCAGAAAAGCCUUCCGACAGGGCUUUUACUGGUCUACAACCCUACGCAACGCGGAAGAAAUCGUCCGCGCAUGCAAGGGCUGCCAGUUCUACGCCAAACAAACACACCUGCCGGCUCAGGCCCUGCAAACAAUCCAUCAUGUGGCCAUUCGCGGUGUGAGGUCUGGAUAUGGUCAGACCACAGCAGAAGGUGCCGGGAGGAUUCACUGA